AUCCCGAUUCAUGGCGAUGACUCUAUAGGAGGCUGACAGCUGCUGGGGCAUGUCAUACAUCACACAGAAGCUGGAAGACCCUCCACUGUGCUUCUUUUAGAUUUUUUGGGAUCCUUCAGCCAGCCGGCUGAUCCCAGGACAAGGCGGCUUGGAGCUCCAGCAACCACCUAAACUGUGUUUAUCUCACAUCAGACAAAAAUCCGUACUGGAUAUAAUAGAAAAGACGCCAGUCUCCCAAUUGAAUAACAUGGGUGAUUGGAGCUUCCUAGGAGAAUUCCUUGAAGAAGUCCAUAAACAUUCAACAGUAGUGGGAAAAGUCUGGUUGACUGUCCUUUUUAUCUUCCGGAUGCUUGUCCUGGGCACAGCUGCAGAAUCUUCCUGGGGAGAUGAACAGUCUGAUUUCAAAUGCGACACCCAGCAACCCGGUUGUGAGAAUGGUUGCUAUGACAAAGCUUUCCCAAUAUCCCACAUCAGGUAUUGGGUCCUUCAGAUUAUCUUUGUCUCCACACCAUCCCUGCUAUACAUGGGUCACGCAAUGCAUACUGUCCGUAUGGAGGAGAAGAAACUUAAGGAGGCCAAGGAAGGAGCAAAGACAAUCCAGAACAAGGUGGACUCUUUUUCCCAGCAUUACCCAGCACCAGAGAAGAUAGAACUGUCCUGCUGGGAUGAACCAAGGGAGAAUAAUUCUUCAGGCACUUUGCUGAAUACCUAUGUCUGCAGAUUUUAAUCCGUACCACAUGGAGAUUGCUUUCAUUGUUGGGCAUAUAUGCUCUAUGGAAUCUUUCUGGAGACCCUCUAUAUCUGUCACCGGCAGCCCUGUCCUAAUCCAGUCAACUGUUAUAAUCUCUCGGCCAACAGAAAAGAACUCUUUAUCGUUUUCAUGCUUGUGGUAGCAGCCUUCUCUCUCUUCUUAGGCCUGGCUGAACUGUAUCACUUAGGAUGGAAGAAAGCUAAGCACACCUUAUCAGAAAAUCAGCCCUACACCAGCAAUUGGCAAAUGGAGGGAGACACUCAAGUGAAGACAGAUGAAAGCUGCACCCCUCCUCCAGAUUUAAUCAGUGUUUAGCCAAACCCUACUGGGAAAUAUCUCAGCCCCUUUAGUAACAAAAUGGCCUCUGAGCAAAACACGGUCAACUUUGCAACAGAGAGGGUUCACAUCCAGAUGAUUCAGGUGGAGAAGCCCCCCUUUAUCCAACUAAACUACAUGCAACAUCCAGAAGCCAGUGUAAACUCUGCACUGAAUCUGACACCAAAUGGAUACUUUCAGAACAAACGCAGACUCAGCAAAACUAGCCACACAAGCAGUAAGGCAAGGUCUGACGACUUGUCAGUGUGAGGUACUUCUAGUGGAGCUAAAAGAACGGAAGAAGCUGUUAUGGCAAAUGGCUGCAGUUAAAUUUUCGAAGUCUAAACAGUGGAUCAAUUAUCUUAUUAAUUCAUGUUUAGCUGGCAUAUUCCAAAAUGUCUUUUGCAUGUCCUGAAUCCAUUACUUUUCCAAAAUAAAAACUGUUUCAUUUCAAAACAACAAAGUAACUAGCAGUUACAUGGUGUUAUUAUACUUCAAGUGAUUAUCUCAUAACCCAGCACUAUUAAGACAGUAUAAUCUUCGCAACUUCUCCAAGAACCUUGGAAAUUAUAGUUUGGGAACAAUGCUGAGUUGUGUCUGUUCCAAGCCCUUAUACAGACAGAAUUACAAUUCUCAAGAAUCCUUGUUUGGAUAAAGGAAAGGAGUAAAUUAUAAUUCUGAAGAAAAACUCAGGGCAUUUCCAUAAUCCUCUGUGGGAUUGGCUCCAGGCGGAAUGGAUUCAUGCUGUGAUCUCUUUUUUGUGAAUUGAGUCAGGUUAUUUCUGACUCUUCUCAGGUGUAUUUAAAACUUUUGAAUUUUUUUUUCUUUUAGAUCACAGAGGUUCUGCAGACUUUCUGGGCAGUCUGUUUUCUCACUUGUGAUAAUUUUUGUCUUAACCUUCCUCUCAGUUUCUGGACUCGUUUUAACUAUUAUUACCAAACUUCACAGAAGUUCAACCUUCACUGACCUUGACUCUUAUCUAUCCAUUAUUCACAAUAUGUCUUCCCCUCAUCAAAUACCAGCCACCACGGUCCUUUUGCAAGCAUGGAUACAGUUAUUGGGAAAAGUCAGAACAAAUUUUACAAGAGAUGGGGCAUUUAAAUACAAAAUGGAACCAGUGGCAGAUAGUCUCUCGAGCAACAUCAGAUGUUUUGCUACUUUCUUUUUCGUUUGGUUGAACUUUUCCUGCUUCAGCUUCCCACCAUUGCUGUUUAUUUCAGAUUGUUUUGCCAGCACAUAAACCAUAUUCUUAAAAAAAAUGGAUAACGGACAAACCAAUUUCUGAGAUUUCACCUUUGUGUGGAGGAGGUGAGGGGAUUCCAUUAGUCAACAGCGAUAGCAUUUCAGGGGAUGGGAGCACUUGAAUUACAUUUGAUAUUCUCAUUUUGAUAAACUAGAGGAUGAGCAUUGAAAAUGGUUCCUCCAUUUUCUGAGUUUCAAAGACAACCGAUGUGAAGGACGAUAGAUCAGAUUGAAAAGGCUUUGGGAGGGAUUGGGAGAGGAUCGUGUGGGAACGUUACUGAGGGAAUUUGCAAACUAAAUUGUGGCGAGUAUCCACAUUGCUUAAAAUAAUUGGACCAUUUGGAACACCUUUUUUUUUCUUCAAAACUAUAUAGAAAAUCAUGCUAGUACCAAGUAAAAUGCAAUUAAUUCUACUUGAAUUUUUGAUGUAUUGUCUAUAAUAAAUCUGAAUACUGUAUGGCUUAUAGUGUUAAAAACAUGCACCACCUCAGGAGGAUAGCAAUUAAAAUACUUUGUUACUUCAACAAAAAUAUUGAUAUAAAAAGUUUUUACUGAAAUUAAUAUUCCUGUAUGAACAUGAAUUAAUACUCUGUGGAACACUAAGAAUUUGUGGCUUUUAAAUAUGAUAUUCUCUAUCCAUUUUAAGUUACUGCUGCUGGGAACAGAGUCACUAGGCCAAAAUGCAUCACGGAACAAAAAAGAUCACAGAGGCAGACAAAUCUUACCACAUCCAAACAUAAUGUUUCUCUUUAGCUAUUUUUUUUCAGUAUGAGGGACUCAUAGGAAGAGAACUGUUAAUUAUGCCCGUAACAUCCACUGGAAAUUGAAAUUUUGAGAAAAAUUCUUUAGUUUCAGGUGUGGACUAUUUUCUCUCAACUAAAAGGUGUAAGCCUACUCUGAAGACUUACGGCAGGUUUUUUUAGCUAAUAGCCAGAAAUAGCUAUUAAUUUUCAGCAGUUGGUGAUGGAAUUUUAUGGGCAUGAUCCUGUUGAGGUGAGAGAAUGCAAAAAGGGGGCUGUAUCCAGUGGUGGGGUAGCAGGCGGUAUGCCCCAGUACGAGUACCAUUCCAGUACCAGAGGGCCCACCUGCCUGCCAUCAACCUUACCUGUCUUUAAACUCUUCAGUGAGCCUGCGCGCACACACAGCACGUACAGCACCUGCGCGAUGCUCCGCCAAGCAACUGGAGUGUCAUGGAGGUGUCACUGGAUGGUA